AUGGGAGCUUGCCGUGGCUAUGUUUGUAUUGCCAUUUGGACCCUGGGCUGCUUGGCUGCAACCGACGAGUUCAGCGAGACCUGCAAUAAGCCGGCCGAGUGUUCCUCAGAUGGGCAACCCGAGUUUCAGCCGCAGUUCUGUGCUCGGCCACGCCCGAUCUAUCGGAGUGAGUUUUCGUGGGAACUGAACCUGACACUGCAGCAUUGCGCAGACAUCUGUCGUCACACAAUUGGUUGCGUGUACUUCGGCCUCGAUGGUCCUAUCUGCGACACCUUCUCAAGCUGCAACAGCGAAUGGCCGGAAGCAGCCGGCUUGGCUGCAAACCUGUAUCAGAUACCCGAAGAUCCUGCUCGCUGCGAUUGGACGUCGAGGCACCUCCGCGGGCAAGCGAGCCGUGCUGUCCGUGCGGCGAUGACUCGAGGUGGAGAGCUGCAGCAAAAUCUCGUGGAAGCUGCAUUGCAUCACGUGAACUCGCCAGCCUUCGCCACCUGCCCCGUGGCUGGCGCAGCAAUUCGCAUCCUGCAUAUGUGGGCGGCGGCAUCUUAUCAUCACGGCUGGAGGCCGCGCCUGGCCUUUGCAACUGAAGCCCAGGAGUUGCCGUUUAGCGCCGAGCUCGCCCUCGUACUCGACGCUUCCUGGGCCCAGCUUCUACGCAGUCCAUGGGUAAAGGCUCUUUUCCUGGGCCUCGCCCAAACUGCGGACGGCUUGUGCCAGCGCCUGGACAAGUUUGCUUCAGAAGCUGCUUGUCCAGCAUCCGCCGCGGUCUCAGCGACUUGCAAUUUGAAGCAGGCAGCACUUCUGCUGGAAAAGACGCCGAAGGCACUGCAGAAGGCGCAGAGGCUUGUCUCAGGAUGCGCCGCUGAUGGUCGGCUGUCCUCUAUGCUUCGGAUGAAGGAUGCCUCUCGGCUUUUCAAUGCGCUCGCGAAGUUGGCCCCGUCUUCGGACGCCGAUGCCUGGGAGGAUCUCGAGACGUUUUGCUCUGGGACUGUGGCGGCCGCGGAGCUAGACGGCAUGGCGACGAGGGUGACAGUCCGCGAUGAGCAUCUGGCGGCGAUAGGACUUGCAGCAUCAACACGAAGAUGUGCGAACCUGAUGGGCUCAGGCAGGAAGCGACUUCUGGAUGUCUUGGUCUUCAUGGAGCAGCUGCAGUCAACAGGACAUUUGAGUGGAUUUUUCAACGUGAUGACUGAGAACCGAUGUGAAAUGGACUUCUUCUCCCACUUCCACAAUGUCUUUUGCAUAUUCCCUGGGGAAAUGAAGCUUACCCCGGCCUUCAUGACCUCGGGACUCCUCCUGCACCCUCCCUACGGUCCGGCUGCUUGGUCUUGCAUCCUCCCCUCAAAGCAAAAGAAGCUCGAGGUGAGACUCGUUGAUCCCGUACGCUGGCACAGACCUUUGCGAAUGAGCCUCCGCCUGAAGCCAGUGGUACAAAAAUACAACUUCGCGGUUUGUCCCCAGCCGCUUUACCGGCUUGAAUCACAUCGAGACCUGCUGGAGGACUGGCUGGACUAUCACAAGAAAAUGGGCAUCGAGCACUGGACGAUUUACGAUCUCGAUGGCUCGGGUGCUGCAGCCUUGUCUCGCCGGGAAGACGUUGACUUUCAGCCAAAUCUUCCAAGCAUGUUGAAUUCCCCGCGGUUGGCUGAAGGCAACUGGUGGAAUCCAAUCUGCCUGGAGGCCAUUGCUUUAACGCAGUGCUUCUGGCGAUAUCGUGGGAGGGCAGCAAUGGUCUUCUCCCUGCACUCUUUUGACGAGUUUCUCGUGUCCGCAAGGCACAGGCAUGGCGGGUUCAGGCGAUGGAUGUCGGCGGCAGGACCAGACAACCUCACUACUGUAGUGCGGCUGCCAGCUGUAAACUACGGAGGAGCAGGUUCGUCUGAGGACUCUCCGCUGAUCCGACAGUUCCGGCGACACACUGGAAAACUGUAUUGGCACAUCGUUGGGGCCAACCCAGACCACGUGCUGUCCGUAAAUACCACCAACGCCUGGCCUGAGCCACCACGGAAGCAGAUGAACUUCUUCCAGCCGGACGUCUUGCGGGUAAACCAUUACAUCGAUGCCCUGGGCCCACGUGAUCGACGCAAGGAUCUCUUCGUCCACGAAGACCCAGAGAAAGUUCUCGACUGGGCGGCCGAGGAGCUGCAAGUGGCCAGAGAUCGCCGAGCCCGUCUCAGAGACCAGCGCCUCUUCUCUGUGGCUGGGCCUCUGCUGGCGACACUCCGAAGAGCCGGAGGGAUGGAGUCUCCCGAGGAAGAGCAGGCUCCAAACAUCUCCGCGCUGCUGGAUGCCUCUUUCCAGAGCCUUUCGCCUGCACUGCGGGUAGCCUUCCACCUGGCCGGAGCUGCAGAGGAGGGCCACGUGCGCAAGGUCUUGCGCGAUGGCUUCGUCAGCUGCGACCUCGACCAGGCGACGGCCCAGACGCUCUUCGAUGGCAUGGACGUCGCCCCAAGCGAUGGUGGGCUGUCGACCCAAGAGUGGGAGGAAG